AUGGCGGACUCCGAAUUUGGAGAUGAGUCCGAAUAUGGCCUAUCUUCUGCCAGGGCAGUCAUCAUGGACGCGGUCCUCGCGCCGUUCCGCGCGCUGGUAUCCAAGUCCGCCUUACGGCUAUACCUGAACACGCUGAUGUUCAUGGGCGCCGCAGCAUUCCUAAUAGGAAUCUCCGCAGUUGCCUAUGGAGUCUUUUAUUUCAAAUUUAUCCCCACGGUCGGACUACAGCGCGAGGUCCAUCUACAAUUCGGCAAUGGCAACCCCUGGGGCACAGCAAACUUCGACUCUGAGUUCGUGGCUCUCCAGCCAUACGACGUAUCUGUGACUCUCGAACUACCACGCACACCCUCAAACCUCGAUACAGGCAAUUUCAUGCUCGACCUCACCCUCUUCUCCUCCCGCCCCGCGUCAUCCCUCCUACCCGGUCCGAAUAAUGCCCCCAUCUCGCAGGCCCGCCGCCCUGCUAUCAUGACCUAUGCUUCGCCGCUGGUGGAUGUUGCCCGCAGAGCAGCGCGUAUGCCGCUCUAUGUUGUUGGCUGGUACCGGGAGUCGGAGACGCUGGAAGUGCCCAUGAUGGAGCACCUUGAGUUUGCAAAGGGGGUGCAGAAUCUACCGCAGAGUCUGCGACUGGAGAUUCAAAGUGACUUGAAGAUGCAGGUCUAUACCGCUCGGGUAGAAUUCCGUGCCAGGCUUACGGGGCUUAGGUGGCUUAUGUAUCGCUGGAAGAUUACUUCUUUUGUUGUUUUCAGCUCUCUAUUCUGGUCUGUCUCCAUACUCUCUGCUGGCUUGACGUGGCUGGCGAUGGCUUGGGUUUUGGGGACUGAGCCUAAGAAUGAGAUUAAGGAGGAGCCGGAAGACUCUAUCAAAGAAGAUACUGAGGAGCAGGAUACUUCUGAUGAAUCUUCCGAGGUCAAAAAGGAGGAGCCGGAAGAGCAGGAAAGGAGGUUGCUUUCUAGUUAUCCGGCUGAGGGGGAUGAAGCUGGUACAGGCUCUGGACUAGAAAGCGCGGAAGCUCGUGGAGUACAGAGACGGCGGAGUCAUUUGACAGAAACAGAUUGA